CGCCCUAUAUAUUUUAUAUUCCAUUGCGUUUGGUAGCUGUGAUAUCAUUGAUCGAGGAGCAACUCAAGAGGGUGUUGCCGUGUUAGUGUAAAAAAAAAAAUAAAUGUCUGAAAUGAACCUUGAAUCCUACCCACCUGUGUUUCGCCAACAAAGCGAAAGCCCUCACGUUCAAGCUCAAGCUCAAGCUCAAGCUCAAAGCUCCGACCUUGAUGAUAUCGCCAAAGAGUCGAUUCAAGAGUAUGAUCCUAUCCCUCUUAUAGAUCUCCAGUGCCUCAACCUGGAUGAGCUUGGAGAGGCUUGUAAACACUGGGGCCUGUUUCGUUUGGUCAACCAUGGGAUUCCUUUAACCCUUCUGAGACAACUUCAAGAUCAUUCCAAGAAGAUUUUCUCUCUUUCUUUUGAAUCCAAAGAAGCACUAGUGAUCAGUAGCCCAAUGUCCUACUUCUGGGGCACCCCUGCUCUUACCCCAUCUGGGGAUUCCCUGUCAAGAGGCCCCCAGAAUAUCAACUGGGUGGAAGGUUUCAAUGUUCCUCUCGGUCAACUCUCUCAGUUUCAAGCUGAAGAUCCUACAAUUGAUUCUUUCAGACUGCUGUUGGAAGAAUAUGGAAGGCACCUGGCUCGAAUUGCCUCCACCAUAUUCCAAGCAAUGGUCAAUACCCUCAAUCUGAAUCCUGAGCAAUCCAAGUCUUACUUGUCAGAAUCCACAGGAUUUAUACGUGUUUAUCGAUACCCUCAGUGCUUUGUAGCUAAUGAGACAUGGGGGAUGGAAGCUCACACAGACAGCUCAGUACUUUCCAUAUUGAACCAGGAACAAGUUGGUGGAUUUGAACAUUUCAAGGAUGAUAAAUGGUUCCAGAUUGAGCCCAUUCCUGAUACGCUCAUUCUCAACCUUGGAGAUAUGUUGCAGGCCAUAAGCAACGAUGAAUAUAAGAGUGUUAAACACAGAGUGAAGCCAAACAAAUAUGGGGAGCGGUAUUCAAUCUGCUACUUCGUUUUCCCAGCUGAAGGGAGUGUGAUACAAAGCUCUAAGUACAAGCCUUUCACUUACAGUGAUUUCCAGGCACAAGUGCAGCAAGACAUAAAGACCAUUGGCUUUAAGGUUGGGCUUGAGAGGUUCAGGUUCAAGCAGAAUGAGUCUGGGCCUGCAAGCUGAGACAACCAAUGGGGAAGAUGAAGAUGGUUUAUCCCUUAUAUUCCCAUCUAUUACCAUCCUCGUUGAGUAACAGCAGAGAAUAGAAAAGUAAGCUUCAGUUAAUGGAGGGAGCUGCCUCUUGCAGAGCAAAAUAUGUGGACAAUAAGCUGCCUUCUAUUUGUGUACAAGCUAAUUAGAACAAUGUCUAAUACCCAUAGACAGGAUAAAAUGAAAAUGUUAAUGUGAAAACUAUAUAUUUAAUUCCUUAAUAAUACUACAAAAACUCUAUAUUAAUUAUUA